AUGCUAAAGAAAUUUUUACGAUGGACAGGUAAUGUUAUUGAUUGGAAUGACAAUGUUAUUCAUUUUUAUGAUUAUUUAGGAUUGAAAAAACCAAGUGAAUCAGAAAUUCAAGAAGAAAAAGAUUCUCGGAUGCGUUCACAAUAUUUUCAUCCAACUGACAAUUUUGCCGAUAGAAUUGAUCAAUUAUUAGGAGCAUUGGAUAAGAUUUAUGUCGAUCAACAAGCAGAUUUAUUAAGAUUAAAAAAAGCUGGAGUUUAA